AGAUCCAACGAAUUAUAAAAUUAUCAAAAAGAAGCAAAAAAAAAAAAAAAAAAAGGUCGUGUGCCCAGAGAAUCACAUAUACAGAGAGAUUCAUCGAAUCAUCAGCUCUGUUUUCUAUAAGAAGAUGCAUCUGAUUAAUGCGGUGGCGGCGGCGAGGAUGUUAUCCGGAAUCGGACAAUCUAACGGUAACGGAGGUGGUGAAGCGAUUCCGUUUGGAUCGUUUGAGUGGAUCACUUACGCCGGAAUCUCUUGUUUCCUCGUACUCUUCGCCGGGAUUAUGUCUGGUCUUACUUUGGGACUUAUGUCUCUUGGUCUUGUCGAGCUUGAGAUUCUUCAACGUAGUGGUACUCCUAACGAGAAGAAACAAGCCGCUGCGAUUUUUCCGGUUGUUCAGAAACAACAUCAGCUUUUAGUGACACUGCUUCUGUGUAAUGCUAUGGCUAUGGAGGGUCUUCCUAUAUACUUGGAUAAGUUAUUCAAUGAAUACGUUGCGAUUAUUCUUUCGGUUACAUUCGUUCUUGCUUUUGGUGAGGUUAUUCCUCAAGCGAUAUGCACUAGGUAUGGACUCGCGGUUGGAGCGAAUUUUGUCUGGCUUGUCCGCAUUUUAAUGACUCUCUGCUACCCUAUUGCCUUUCCCAUUGGCAAGAUCUUAGAUUUGGUACUGGGACACAAUGACGCUUUAUUUAGGCGGGCUCAGUUGAAAGCUCUUGUAUCCAUUCACAGCCAAGAGGCUGGUAAAGGAGGUGAGCUUACGCAUGAUGAGACGACAAUCAUUAGUGGAGCUCUUGAUUUGACUGAGAAGACUGCACAAGAAGCUAUGACACCAAUUGAAUCUACCUUCUCCUUGGAUGUAAAUUCAAAAUUGGAUUGGGAAGCAAUGGGUAAGAUUUUGGCACGAGGCCAUAGCCGCGUUCCUGUCUACUCCGGAAAUCCAAAAAACGUUAUUGGCCUUCUCUUGGUGAAGAGUCUACUUACUGUUCGCCCUGAAACAGAGACCCUUGUCAGCGCAGUUUGUAUACGCCGAAUUCCAAGGGUUCCAGCUGAUAUGCCUCUGUAUGAUAUACUGAAUGAGUUUCAAAAGGGAAGUAGUCACAUGGCUGCAGUUGUGAAGGUUAAGGGGAAAAGCAAAGUUCCUCCUUCAACUUUGCCUGAAGAAAACACUUGCGAAAGCAAUGACUCCGACUUGACUGCACCUCUGUUACUAAAACGAGAUGGAAACUACGACAAUGUCAUUGUCACGAUCGACAAGGCUAAUGGACAAUCGUUCUUUCAAAACAACGAGAGUGGACAACACGGGUUCUCACAUACUUCAGAGGCUAUUGAGGAUGGCGAGGUAAUCGGUAUCAUCACUUUAGAAGAUGUGUUUGAAGAACUUCUGCAGGAAGAGAUUGUGGAUGAAACAGAUGAAUAUGUUGACGUACAUAAAAGGAUUCGAGUAGCAGCAGCAGCGGCUGCUUCAUCAAUAGCGAGAGCUCCUUCAAGCCGGAAAUUGCUUGCACAAAAGGGAACAGGAGGACAAAAUAAGCAAGGGCAGACGAAUAAAGGUGCUGGUCAGGAACAAGAUAAAAUGCUUGGAACUAUUACCGAGCCGAUUCGAAGAAACAACUGAUAUUAUGUUGUUGCUUAAGGAACCAAAAACUCUGUUGCGGUAUAAAGAAAGAAAACAAAGAAUAAACUAAAUGAUCCAGGUUCUUCUGUAUACUUGAUCCAUCACAUAAAUUAUAUAUAUAAAAAAAGUCGGCAGAAGAAAUGGUUCGUCCCAAUUUUUGAAGAUGUUUUGUUUUCUACGGAUAUAUUUAUGUAUUCUACAAAAUACGUACAAUUUUGUAAUUUACUCUGUAACUUGAUUCUUUUUUUUUCUUUUGUAGUUCAGUCAAUUUUUUCGUAGAAUGCAGUAGCAAUAAUUAGCUAUAUGGUAACA